GCAAUAUCAAGUGAUGGACGAAGAUGGAAAAUUAGGCGAGGUUCAUGAAUUGCAACUGACUAAGGAUAUGACCAAUGCGGCUGCUGGAAAUAUACCACUUUUACUGGAAACGUUAGAUCUAUUCGGCAAUGCUCAAACAGACUCGGCAGACAUCACUAAUGAACCAUGUAAAGCAGAGGAUAACGCUGGUGCUCUGAUCGAUCCGAACAACGUAGGGAUACCUUCACUGGACACUGAAGAGUUGAAUGAGAUAUAUUCAAUCGAAAACGUGCCUUUGAAUGCUCACACUGAGAAGCAGCCAGAUCAUUCCGAGGUUGAAAUGCAGAUGAUGGAUGUUAAAGGAAGCAUUCCUGCUACCGCGAGUACCGAUCAGAAAGAAGAUCCAAGUUUGGACUUUUCUCCUGAUAUGUUUGAUCUAUUCGGCGAUGCUCAAAAAGAAUCUGUAGAUAUCACCACUGAACCAUGUAAACUAGUGGAUAACGCUGGUGCUUUGAUCGAUCCGGAAAACGUGCUUUUGAAUGCUUUCGCUGAGAAGCAGCCAGAUCAUUCCAAGGUUGAAAUGCAGAUGACGGAUGAUAAAGGAAGCACUCCUGCUACCGCGAGUACUGAUCAGAAGGAAGAUAGUGGUUUGGACUUUUCUCCUGAUAUGUUUUUUGCUGACUGGUAACAAGAGGAUUUGUUUGGAAGAG